UUUAUGGGUGCUUUUUUCUCUUUUUGUAAGGAUCAUAAAGUAAUUGUUUUAGGAUUGACAACAUCUGGCAUCUUAGCAAGGUAUUCUAAUCUAUAAUGUAAAUAGUGUUGGAUUAUUAUAUUAUAGAUCUGAUAAAAAUUACAAAUAUAAAGAAGAUCAAGAAUAUUUAGGUCCGCUUAACACUUCAAAUAAUAUGUAUGAAAGUGUAAACAAAAAUACUAAAAAACAAAAUAUUUUUGAUCUAGAAAAAGAUACUAUUUAAACUAGAUUCACCUCUGCAAUGAAUGCAUUUGAUAGUAUCUCAAAUUUAAUUAGGGUGAAUUAUAUACCGAAUACUAAUUGUUUAGAACCUUAAACGAUAGUUGAUAUUUUAUAAUAUACUAUAGAAAUUGCAGGAGAUGAAUACAUAAGAAUUACUUUAGCAAAUAGAAAAUAGAGAAGGAAUUAUAAAUAAAAUUCUUAACUUAAUUUAUAUAAACAAUACAUUCUUAAAUAUAACGAAGAUAUAGAAGAGCUAUUAGAAAAAUCAUAAGCAGAACUCUUGUAAAGAUUGGGAGUUUCUAAAGACAUAUUCGAAGAAAGCAUGCUUGCUUUAAUGGAGAAAGGAUUUUUCUAAUAAUUGUACAUGCUACAAGCUUCAGUUAAAUAAAAAAUUAAAGAAAAAAUCGUAUCAUACUAAGAUUUAUCAGUUUAAUAAGUUAAAGAAAUUAUCAGAUAUAGCAUCAAAAUUUUGAAGCAAUAACCUGAACCUUUCUAGUACAUAGUAAAUCAAAUGAUGGUAACAAUUUUUUUAAUCUCUUAGAAUAAAAAUGAACUCAAAGAGUACAUACCCAAUGCAAUAAAUAUGAUUGUCUAAGAUUUUACAUUCUAAAAGUUUAAAGUAGAAGAAGAAGAUUAAAUUAAAAAUCUAUAAAAACCAGGUAUGAUAUAAUGUUUAUUUAAAGAAUGUAUGGGAGACUCUGAAAUCCAUCAAUUGCUAGGAGAAAUAGAAUCAACAAUGGCUGAUGUAAUGAAUCAAUUAGGGCUUGGGGGAAUAGAUAGUAUACCAGAAAAUUUUGAAAACUUUACAUGAUG